AUGGCCGCCGUCGCUCCCGCGCCCCUUCUCGGCGCCGGCUGCUCCUCGGCUCCUUCCGCCUCCCUGCGGCUGUCUCCCCUGGCAACAGCGGCGGAGGCGGCCGGAAGCCCCGCCUCCCCGACGCCCCGCCCCUCGCCGAGCCGCCCAAUCCAGUCGCGCAAGGCCACGGGGAGUCGGAACAGCGCCCUCUGGCGUGCAAAGGGCUGGGACCUCGCGCAGGGGCCGGGGCUGCGUCCGCUUGCGGGGCGCGGCUGUGGGAGGAUGGCAGCAGAGCAGAGCGACAAGGCCUGCCAGAUCCCCCUGUCCAGCUUCAUUCAGUGGUCCCGGAGCCUCCAAGCCACGUCCUUACUGCCCCCUGGUGGACAGCUCGGGCGGGGCAAAACUCUCCUCCCUCAGCCUUUGUUAGAAGACACCACGGAACCCCUGACUCAGCGAGGCAAUAACUUCCCCUUGGCCAAAUUCAAGGGCCUUGAGGGCAUUCAAGGCAGCCUGGAGGGGGAGGGGUGGGGGGGAGGUUCUAUGAGUGCACAGUUCCUCCCAUCGGCCCUUAUAAAAGGCAGAGGGAUUGGGUGGUCUGAAAAGCACCUGGUUCUCUCCUCCUGCACCCCAGCUCUAGGUCCUGAGCUCCGUCCCCGGCUCAUGGCAGGCCUUGCGACCCUGGGGGCUGGCCUCCUGCUCCUGACCCUGUGUGCCCACUGCAUUGCCCCUGCAGGCUCUGCACCCAUCCCUCCUUCCUGCUGCAUGUCCUUCAUUUCCAAGAAAGUUCCUGAGAACCGAGUGCGGAGCUACCAGCUGUCCAGUGCGAGCGUCUGCCCGAUGGCAGGAGUGAUCUUCACCACCAGGAAGGGCCAGAAGUUCUGCGGGGACCCCAAGGAGCACUGGGUCCAGACGUACAUGACGAAGCUGGACGCCAGGCAGAAGAAGGCAUCCCGUGGGGUCCGGGCAAUGACCGCCAAAGCCCCAGUGCGGGGGAAGCCAGCCGACACCACUGCCAUCUAGCGCUGCCUGGCCCCUCCGCCUGGGGUCCAUGAGCCAACGAUGAGAGGCGGGGAGCGAAUGUUCCUGUUUCCUAACAUCAGCCUAUAAGACAGAACCCAAGGCUGGGGAGGCCUGCCCCGAGGGUGCUGAGUAAACGCUCCAAGGGUCCUGGGCCCCUUGCCUUCCCCGAGCUGCAGGAGAAGAUUCUGGAAGGAAGGGGGUGGUGGCCAAUUGCCCUUCUCCUGGGCUGGGGCCAGCCCUUCCCUCCAGGUUCCAUCUGAACCCAGGGGCCUAAGGCCUGACCUGCAGACACACUCGACUGGGCACCUAAAAACUUAACCUGUAGUUGGCUUCUGUGGGUCCUCGGGGCCUGCCGUGGGACCCUGUGAGCUGACCAUCUGUCUGUCUGGGUACAGGGGACCUGUCGACAGCUGAAGCUCGUGGCAUUGCCAAUGUCCCACUUCCAGAAUCCUGGAAGAAUAAAAAUCUGAGAGAAACGCGGCUCCUUUGCCGCAGGAACUGCCAGACCCCAGCCUUCCUUGUACACGUCUCGUGGGCUAAACGGAAUGACGUUUUUAGGGACUCAUGGUUUUUUGGUAAUAAAGCAGGCCUGGGGGCGCCUGGGUGGCUCAG